AUGUAGAUCUAGAAUAUGCAGUAUUUGUAAAAAAAAAGUUUAAACACACAUUAAUUCUAGUGUGUUAUGUGUGAACACAUUAUCAUUAUGUAGGCCUACUAGCACUGAAUCGUUUCACCCCAUUGACCUGACUUGGUCCUUGACCGGGACAGUUUUUUUUCCCCUCGGAGUAGUCUACUAUACAAGUUACAGCUGAACGGGGCAAGAUAUGCUUGACAUGGAUAAGAAAUCAAGGCGUGUGUAGUCAUAGUGUUUCGUAUACUUCGAUGUGAAUGUAGAUCUACUGUAAUAAACCUUUCUGCACUCAUAUUUGGGUUCGCGGUAAUUGCUACUGGACCUAGAUUUAGAUGUACUUAAAACUCAGUACUACAAGAUGUACUACUUCUAGCGGUGGAGUAGCCCAUUUAUUAACUGGCUGACGCCUGUCUAGAAAUGUGUGCCCAGAAAACACCUGCUCCUGUGAAGCUCUGCUUGGCCUUGUCUGGAUAGGAACAUUUCACGCUGCUGUGUAGGAGUUCACUGUCGAGUUUUUAACCAGUGCUUUAGACUUGGACUAGAUCUAGAUGUACUUGUCUAGUCUGUUUCAAUCUUCUCUGGUUUACACACAUUUACUAAUCCUCUAAUGCUGUGCCGUUUAUUAGUUUAAAGAGUAAUACAUUUAGAAAUUCUUCGUUGCUUUUUGUUACUUUUGGAAAUCUAAUGAGAUUUAGAUUAUAGAUCGAUGAACGGUGUAAAAAAUUCAGGUUGAGAAUUGGAUUAAUCUUCUAGUUACGACAUAACUCUAGUCAUUGGUGACAUGAACUGACAGGAUUAUUAUCCAAUUAUAAUCUAGUAAUUAUUGUCAUAGAAUGAUACAUUUACAAAUUAAUAUUAUUCAAUAACCAAGUUAUUCAUAAAUUCAAGGAGUGGUUUAAAAUUUACACAUUUUCUUGGAAUUGAUUAUCUGCAACAAUAGAAUAAACAAUACAAUUUUUGAUUUACAAGAGUCUAGUCUCUAAGCACCAUCACCAUGGCAACACAAGAAUGAUGUCACAUGACCAGAUGUAUUCGAUAAUUGAUGAUGAGGAUGAGGACUCAUCAGAUGUGAAAGAGGUCUUGCCCUGUCCGCCUUAUAUGUCCCCAGUGGGUUACAGCAGUGCCACCCCCAGACACAUGUCCCCACUGGGCUAUGGCGGUUCCACUCCCAGACAAAUGCAGCCUGAUGGAAUAGGGGAUCAAAUCAAAAUGGAAAGGGGUGGUAUGUUCCUGAACUUUGACACAAGCCAGGCAUCUACUAGCAUGAGCUUCAACACAGUUACUGCCACUGCCGGCAGCCACACCUCGGUUAAACAACGAGAGGCCAGUGAGUACAACUAUGCCCAGGCUCUUCUCAAGCAGGCCCCGAAGUUGACCAACUCUGGGGAUCUCGAUGGUGGCAGUGUAAUAAGAUUAGCCCGUGCCUACAUCACUUUACAACAAGGUUUAAAGUCCUGGGAAAGUUCUGGAAACAAAACCAAGUGGUGGCCAGACUACCUUGAUGGGGGCAAGCUGACAUUAGCAGCACAAGAGACCAUGAACUGUUUUGUACUCAUCAUGACACAUCACGGGCACAUUGUUUAUGUAUCAGACGCUGUGGAGAGCCUCUUAGGUCAUGACCAGAUCCAUCUUGUUGGACGUUCAAUCCAGAAUGUGGUACCUCAAGAUGAACUCCCUGUGUUGGCAGCACAGUUUUCUCUCAGCAUCGGUCCAACUGGCAGGUCCACUAUACAGAGGUCAUUUUAUACUCGCAUGCUGAAUAUUAAAUCAGUUUCUCAGCAGCAGAGGUAUGAAUUGGUCCACAUGAGUGGUCAUCUACAAGAUGUUUCACUGACCACUGGCCAGUCCAGUCCUGGUGUUCAGAGGGAGACUUGGCUGAUGUGUGCCUGCAAGGUCAUGACACCACAAAUAGAAGAGGAAGGCAACCAUGCUCCUGUCACUGAAUGGAUCUCCCACAAUGCCUUGGAUGGAAAAAUAUUGUACAUGGAUUCUAAGUCUUGUCAGGUGACAGGCUACUUACCCCAUGAGAUGGUCGGGCGUUCCACAUACUGCUUCAUUCAUCCCGAUGAUCAAGAGCAUGUUGUGUUCAGCCACAAUCAAGCAUUGAUCAAUGUGGGAGGGUCCAGCUGCACCUACAGAAUGUUCCGGAGGAGCAAUGACCUGAUCUAUGUCCACACCACCACUCAGCUGGCCAGGGACAAACAGAGUAAUAAGCCAUCAUUUCUCUUCUGCAUCAACCAGAUCAUGGAUGAGGCAGAAGGCAAACAGCAAGUAUCCAGACAACAACAAAAUUUGAUGAGUGUCAAAGACGAUCCGUCCACUAAAUACAGUAUGAAUGAUAUUGAGAAGACGGUCAAGGCUCUGGAAAUUGAAGGAGGCAACUCUCCACCGGUAAUGUCGAAAGGGGGAAUGAAGCUCAGCAAACUAACAGAAAGCUGUUCAGCAGAUGGUGGAGAUUUGCUGCGGGUGGACUUGCCCUUGCUACUGCGUUACAGCCCACUUGUUAUCAAGACUGAAAAAGACCAGUGGGCCGGCUCAGCUACCUGUCACUCUCAGAGCGGUUUGAAAAUGCAGUACACGUCAGGUAGUCGCUACCAGCAGAGUGGUGGGCAGGUGCCUGUGUCUUCUAAUGUGCCUGGCUAUCUGAGUGGCUUUGACAGUAACUCAGCUGAUCCUGGGCAACAGCAGAAUGUAUACAGCAGACCCUCUCAGCAUCACCUGUACAAAAACCAGUAUCAACAAAUGGAUACUUCUACUACAUCUAUGUCUCACUCUAUGAUCUCAACUACCAGUCCCGUUGAUAGCCCUGUCAGUGGCACUGGAUCUUACAUGGACUACUUAUAUGACAAUGCUGCAUCGCCUUCUGUUCCUUCGGAUAGCGUCAUGUUCUCCACAGAUCCCCUGAACUCCAACAUGUUGGCCUCUCCUGGCCGAGCAAGAGGCAGAGGAAGAACUAGGGGCAGGCCUAGAGGAAGUGGACGUGGUGGUAGGGGCACAACAAGAGGUGUUCGAGGGACCAGGGGACCUCGAGGUAGCAGAGGUAGUAGGGGCAGAGGUCGUGGUUCCAACAUCGCCCAGCUGUCUCAAAUGGGUGAAAUAGUUGGUGGCAUGAAGAAGUCUGAUAGUAUCAAUAUGGUUUCUUGUGGUAGCAUGUCCCCAAGGGGAAAUAUUUCUCCUAUGGGCAGCACUACCGAUUUGUUUUCUAGUCCAAACUCCACCAUGGGUCUUCAGAGGUCUAACUCUACCCUGAGUCAUCAUUCUCUAGGCCUCAGUCAAGGAGAGUUUCAAAGGAUGCCUUCUGAUGGGGACAUAAGCUCAUCUGGUCUGCAGAGGAUGAAUUCUGAUGACAACAUUAUGUUCCAGAGGAUGACUUCCUUGGAUGAUAUUGACUUCACCAUGACACAAGCUUCCAGUGAUGACAUGUCACCCAGAUCUUGGGGUCAGCAGGACUGCACAUCAAGCGCUCAGAUGCCACCUUUUCGCACAGUUCAUUCUGGGGAAUAUGUGGUGCGUGAAAAGAAAGUAGGCCGUCCGAGAGGUAGUAAAAACCAGGCCAAACACAAUUUACAGAGAGGAAAAUCAGUGGAAGAUCAUUCAGUCUUGUCCCAUGGAAGUUACAGUUCCAAUAAUCAGCAGACAUCUGUUUAUAAUCAAGAUGUCUCUACAGCUGGUCAGAACACACUGUCUCCUUAUCAUGCACAUAGCCCUCGCCAGGGUAGCAGCUCUGGCAAUAAUCUAUAUUACCAAUGUCCUACUCAGUCAGCUGGUAAUGCAAACACUUUGAGAGGACCUGAGAACUUUCAGAAGUCAAUGUCUGCACAAAAUCACUCUCUCAACCAUAUGGUGGCAGACAUGCAGGACCCGGAACAUUCGAUCCUGGGGAAUUUGCUCAAGGGAAGAGGUGAAUCAACUUCUUCCACUGGUAGCAAGUCACCUGCUCAUUCUUUGCUGAUGAAUCUUGGUAGGCAGACAGAGCUUCCAAUGGGGCCAGAAAGGGGAGGCAAGUCUCCAUCAGGUCAUGGCAUCACUCUUGACAAAGGUGGAAGGUCCCCUGCCCACUCAUUUAUUUCUGAUGUAGCAUCACCUACUUCAGUGUUUUCACCAGAACCAAGUAGAGCAACACCAUCUAUAAUCAAAGAUGAACCAGAUUUGUUGUCCCCCUAUGGUGAGUCUAGCUCAGUGAGUUCCACAACACUGAUGAUAAGUCCAAACCUGAUUCAGAACCAGCAGCAGGCAGAUGAUUAUUUCCUGUUAGAUCAAGGUCAGCACAAGACAUUAUCAGAAAUGCAAAUGUUCUCCUCUCAGCUUCGACAGAAACAUCAAUCCCUGGCCCAGAGUUUGGCUAAUCAAGAGACCAUGCUGCAUCAGCUGGAAUCUCGCAUGCAGCAGGUGGCCAAGGAUUUCAGUCCAGAGUCCACCUAUUCUCAGUUGAAUGCGCGUCUAAAUAUCAUUAAGAGUGAUAAAGCCAAGCAAGAAAAAGAGCUUCAAUUAAUUACAGCGCGAAUGGAAGAGCAGCUUCGUCAGCAGCAGCCCCGCCAGCAGCAGCAGCAACAGAUUCAACAGCAACUGGACUUACAGCGACACCGCCUAGGAUCACCCGCACCAACCAACACUAGAAGAAUGGCCAUAGUGCCCCCUAUUCAGCGUCAACCCACGGAGGGAGAAAUGAUGUCUAAUUUUUCCCAGCAUAGCAUUAGCGAUCUCAAGUCUGGUGUGUCACAGCAAGAGAAUUCCCUGGAUGAUAGUGCCAAGCCUAUUCUGGGGCUAUCUCCCCAGAGCACAGAUGGUGGGGUUAAGUCUGGAUCUUUUCAGAACCACCUCCAUUCUGGCAAAUCGAGUGCUGGUGGAUCUGCUAUCUCUUCAGCACAGAACCUUCUUCACCAGCCUACACAGCCGUCACCCUUUAGUCUACACCAUCAUCACCACCAUCAUCAUCAUUACCACCACCAUCCUCUGUUGCAGCCCCCUGCCAGGCUUCAGCAGCAUGUGGAAUUUUCAGCUACCUUGAAAGGUAGUCCACCACCACCACCACCCUACAAUUCAUUUGACACCUCUGUGUUCAACUCUGCUGUGGCAGCCCCUGCAGCACUUAGCAUAUCAGUAUCCACCAACAACACUUCCCCUAUCAUCUGUGACACAUCGCCAGUGUCAGUGGAUGAGUCUCCAGGCUGUGGCAGCGAUGCCUCAUCAGGAUACCACAGCCUGUCUCUUGGAGGCGAUUCUGCUGCUGUCUCUGCCUCUGCUCAGUACAAUAAAGGUCAUUGCCUAGAUAUGCCAGCAUCAACUCUUCCCCCAUACAACUCAAAGUCUGCCCCUUUGUUUGGCCAGUCUCACCAGAGUGUUGGGAAAUCCUCAGAAUUCAUUCCCAGUUCUGGGCAAAGCCAUACCAAAUCACCACCAACUUGACAAAACAUGUUUACAUUUACAGGAAACACUGCAUUCUUUAUUGUUGGAGCUGUUUAAACAACAAAACAGGAUAAUAAACUAGUUUGUUCCAUAUUGGAGUCUAUAUCAGCAUAUACUUAUGGAUAAAUUUGUGUGUGUAUUCAUAUCUCUCAAUUUAAAAAAGGUGCAUUUCAUAAUUAAAACCCCUCUUGCAUCAUGCACAAGUUAAGUGGGCAGCAACCUUUUAAAACAUCUAAACAGUGCAUAGAUUGCAUUUCUUUAUAAAUCUUCAACAGAUUAACCAGACUAUCACCGACAACUGUUUACAAAUGAAGCUGUACUGUUUGCUGUCCAUUCAAGCUGUUUAUCUACCACAAUGUGUAUCUUUAGUGGGACACUAUUUAUAGCUUUAACAAUUUAAGUGUUGUGUUUUUUUUUUUUUUUUUUCUACUUUCUUCUUAAAAGUGUUGACGUAUUGGUCAAAUGAAAACAUUGUCCAAGUGAAGUAGUUGUGAUUUCAAGACUAGUUUGAAGCAGAUCUCUCCAAGCACAGUCUCUGUGGUCAGAGCUAGUUGACCAACAUCAGGAUUAUUUUCUUGACACAUUUUUGUUUAGUAUUUCUUAAGAAAAAACAUUUGUGAAGACAAAAAUACAUAUUUUGGAGAGCUUUAUUUAAAUUGAAUUUUACCAAUUUUCAGAAAUGAACAUUGUUCAAAAAUUAUUUUUUUUUCUGAAAUUGCUUGUUCAUUUAAAUUACUGUUCAUGUCUGUACAUUUCAUAUAAUUCAUUCUGGUCUUUGCGAUGACUAGGCCACCCGAGUGUUCUACUUGUAACGAUGAUCUCAUUGGAUCUAUUCCUGCAGAUUUCAUUUUUCUUUUCUAAGCUGUGACAGAAUGCUUAAUUUAAGACCUAUAUAAAACAAAAAGAAAUGAUACCGGUAGUUAAUACUUCUGUGACUUCUAUAAUAGUGGCACCAUUAUACCACUCUAAAAAUCAUUCUUUGAGGGAUAACUAAUCAUUUAAAGCAAAUAGAAUAAUUUCUUUUAACAUCUACCACUCUGUUCUGUUUAGCACAAUUGUUAUUAGAAUUAGUUUUUUAGGCUUCAUAUCUUUGCUUGUCAGUUUUAUUUAAAAGUCAAGAAAGUUUGUUUGUUUUUUUUCCCAAAAAUUGUCUAAAAUUGUGUUAAAUGUUAUCAUUAUAGCCAGUCCCUAACUAGACAGUGACUUAAGGAAAGUGCUUGAAAUGAGCUUUAGUUCAAUUUUUGUUGCUCCUUAUUUCAAUUUGUACAUUAUUUAUAAUUCUUAGUCACGGUCUACAUUUUUUGUUUUGGUUCAGUUUGUUCAGAAUCAGUGUCACUCUUGGUGUAAUGUUUACUUAGUAUUUUCCUUCUGGAAACAGAAUGCCCCCCCCCCCCCCCCUUCCCCACUUCGUGGAAGUAUUAGUUUAGUCAGAAAAGAAAAAUGCAGGCAUAAAAUCUAAAAUGUUAGUUGCUUAGCUGUAAUGAAAACAUUUGACCUGUCUGACUAAAAAGAUGGAUCACGAGGACUAAGAGUUCUGGGGGUGAAAGUGUGUGCUCUAACAGGUAAUACAUUUUUAUACAAUUUUGGUUCUUGAAGAGUUUUACAAAAAUUGUUAACUUCAAUAGCGUGUUGAAUUGUAUUAAAUGUAUACAUAUCUAAUUAUAGACUUUUACCCGACUCAGCAACCUGGCAGUUACUUAGAUCAUCAUUAUACAUUUGUUUUUCUUUCACUUUUGGUGCCCUUCUGUUCUUUUAUUAAAUUUGUACAAAAUUGUAACACUAAAUUCAGCUUAGGCUCCCUAAAUGAAAUGAUUCACAUACAAACUCAUGUGAACUAGAGUGUUAGACCCAGAGGUAAUAACAUACUACAGUUCAUAAUAACAUAUAUAUAGGACUAGUUAUUUGAAUGUUUCAUAAGUAAAAACAAAAAUUUGAAAGUCAGCCUGCUGCAAAAGUUCAAUAUUUAAUGAAUGUGCUGAUCAGUUGUUGUAAACAGAUUAAAAAAUCAAAAAAAAAAAAUCCUUGACCUGUUACUGUUCUUGACCUUUGAACCAAAACACACACCACAGAGUUCUGUUUGCCUCAUGUGAUAACACAUUUGUUACUGUACAUAGUUUGUAAAUACUCUCUGUAUGCUUCUCUCUCUUUUGUACAAAACAUCAAAAAUGUGUCUAUAAUUACAUCAUUGAGACUUUCUUGGUUAUAUUUCUUUGUUUUUUUUGGAGGCACAGCUUGUUGUAAUUUUUGAAUAUAAAUAAUGAAAUAACAAAUCAAUACUCUUUAUGAUGUUAAUUCUAAAAAAAAAUAAUUUGUUUUGUUCUCUUUGUUAUAAUGUAAUGUUGUAUUGGGAAAUGAGAAAAAAUCACUUUUUUGUUUUCUUGAAAUAAUGUACACUGGUUCUCCUUCUGUCUUUCCAAUUAUUUUUUUUUGUUCUAUUGACUUGAGUCUUUCAUUGAGUGACAUACUUUUCUUUGAUAUUGACCGCUAGACAUUGAUUGUGUAUUUUUUUUUGUCUUUGUCCCUUGACUUAACUUGUUCUUUAACUUGUCAGUAAUUAGUACAUGUGGUAAAGAACAGGGUAGAUAAUUUCAUUUUUUUAAAAAUAUUUUACUUGCAGAGUUUUCAGGAAAUAGGUUGUGACUGUGAACUGGCAGAUAUGCCCUCCCCUCCAACACCUAUAUUUCUUAUCACUUGAUCCAGCAUCCUUUGGCCAAAUUACUUAAUGUUCACAUUCAAUAUUUUUUUUUACAUUUAUUUCAGAGGGGAAUAGGACUUCCCAGAAUGGGAUGGGAAAAUAAUUGCAGUUUAUGUGGGGUUCUGUUUGGAAGUUAGCAGAAUGAUUUUACAAAAAAUAAAACCUUAUGCUUUUAGCUGACAUUGUUACCUGUAUAUAGACAAUGGGUCAGAGCCACCAUAUAGCAGGUAUCACUGAACUAGACUACUGGUCACAACAUGUCCGUUUCAACUAUGAAAUCCAUAUAUAUAUAUAUAUAUACAUAAACUAUAAUAUAUAAAUAAAUCAUCAUCUAGGAGGAUUGACAUGAUCUCCUUUGAAACCUGGCCAGGACCAGACUCAUUUGUUCAUUCCAAACAUUACUGAUGCCACAUUGGCCGGUUUGGAGAUUCCUUCAACUGGGAUGUUCACUCCUGCUUUCCCACCCAGUGAGAACACACAUCUUUGUUUGUACACACAUAGGGCUUGUUGUUUAUAAUACUUCACUGGUCUACAAGAGUAGAAGUGUAGCUAUUACCAAGAAAACCUUUUUUUUAAAUCUCUGUUUACCAGUAAGAUGAAUGCAUUGGUUGUACAUGUUACUUUAUGAAGACCAUUGCAUUGAUUGUUCUCCUCAUCCAUAUCAUCUGUAUGUGCCCAUUGUUGAAGAUGUUUGGAGAGAAUUGUUUUUAAGCAUUAUUUACCAUAAAGUGAUAAAACACUGCUUUCUGUUGGAUUGCUGACAUCUUCAAGAAAUGUUAUCAAGUUGAAACUAACUUUCUGGUUGUUGACUGAAUGGUUUAGACAAGAGGCUGUGUGUUUGUCAACACAUAAUAUCUCCACCUGUUUGUAACAUGGAUUGACUCUUAAAACAAAAACACACUUAAUUCUUUUUUUUUUCUAUCUUAGCUUUUGUUUGUUGACUCUAUUUGCUAACAAUGAAAUAACAAAAAGCAUUACAAAUGUUCAUUACAACAUGAUGUUAUUGGUGUAUUUUGGUCGUUGUUUAUUUUUUAAUGUUGAUACUUUUAUUUUGUUUGUUUCAGAUAGUUAAGGUUGUAGAAAUUAUUUAUGUAUUUUAUAGUUUAUGUAUAAUUUACUAACUGGCCAGCAUUUAUCAAGUUUUACUAUUAAUUAAAGGAGCCAACCCUAUUGCCCUCCCCACUCUGUCCCAUAGUGAUAGUGAUUUCUAAAAUAUCACAGGUAAAGUUAAAAAAAAAGAAAUUACCAUUGAAGCUAAUGAGCACAUUUUUUUUCUUCCUGUUUAAAAAGUCAUUAGCCAAGUCAAGAAAUUGGGUGGUGGUUUGUGUAGUAUGAGGACUGCCCUCCCAUCCCCUGCUGUCUUUAAGUAAGUUCGGACUAGGAUUUAAUAAUCUCUUUUCCAAAGGAAUGUCUGAAACUUUCCUAAGUCACAAAGUUGGUCUCAAACACCUUGCCAUAAACCAAAUGUCUCAAUACAAUAAUUAAGUAUUGUGGUAGAAUAACAGACCUCACCAAAGAAAAUAAUUUUGUUUGUUUUGAAAGAUACAAUUUAGAAUGAAAAUGUUCAGGUUUUAUAGAAUAUAUUAAGUUGUGAUUUAUAUUUUGUUUAUAAAACUAUUAUGUCUGUAAAGGUUGUUCAUUUUAUUUGUAGCACUAUUUUUGUUAUCAAACUAGUUGGUCAAUGAUGAAUAGAUGCAUUCAGUGUUCACGUUUUGGUCAGUGUUCAUCAACACAUGAAGUGAAACAAAUAAAGUGUGAUGUUGUAGACUUGCAGUCAUGAACAGCUUUUGUUUGGGUCUCUGUCUCUAGAAGUGAACUAAAACAGGACAUUUAUAGCUACUACAAUUCUGCAGCCAGAAAGUUCAUCUGAUACCUGCAAUAAAGACUGCAAUGUCACUAUUUAGUUUGAAGUGGUAGUAACGCUAAGCCUUUUUAAAGUUGUAGGUCACUGUGUUAACUAAAUAAAAUAAAAAAAUGUCAACAAUUUGAUUGAUCCCACUGUUAAUUGUUACUGACUUUUUCUGUUGGUUGGUGAAAUAGUAUAAAUAUAAUUUUUCCCUUAUUCAACAACCUAUAAACCUGUGAGAUGCAGGAAGUUUUAAGUAACCAAUGAUUGGUUCAACAACAUUGUUGUAAUAUUGGCAGAAAAUAUGGAUUCUAUUGUUUAUUUAUUAUUUUUUUUUUUAGAUUUAAUAGAUUUUUGAUAUUCAGUACUAGUAGAGAAUGACUUAGCAUUGUGAUUUAUUUGGACAUUUGUUUCAACAUUUUAUUGAUUGUUUUCUUUCUGUGAAGACAUGAUGUUUCUACACCAAUGUAUUUAGGACUGGCAAUGUAUUGAUGUGGUCGUUGUGGGCAAUGUCUCCUCUUCUAUUCUAACUCAACCUUGACCCCCACACUGACACCAAGUGGGUUUUUGUUGGAGACAUUUUGUUGGUGUGGACUUCCAAUGGUUUUUCAUUCUCCUUUGGUUGAUGAGUUGUGUCUUAGGGCUAAACUUGUUUUCAACUUGUCCAUUGGCUGGUUGGGUAUAGGCUUGGUGUUUUUUCUCAACCAAAAAAAAAAAAACAAACAAAAUACAA